ACAAUGCAACAUUCAUUCAAACACCCCUCCACUUCAGCCCACCCAAAAGAAAAGCAAAAAAAAAAAAACCCUCCUUUCCUUUUAUUUGUUUUUCCUUUCUUGAAUCCAAAAUCUACUUUCUUAACACGUUUGUGCCUACGCGUUUAUUCCAAAAAAAAAAAAAAAAAAAAAAUCCAAGACCAGCAAAUGGUUUCCUUCGCCAUUAAUUAAAGUUUCUCUAUUUCAUUUGUUUCCCAGAUUGUCAGUUGCUUUGAAUUUCUUCUGGUUUUCUUUUUUAUUGUUUCUUUCUCUGUUUUCUGAUGCCCCGAUAUUGACGUUUACUUGUGGGAUACUCUGAUUUGGAACAAAUUGGGUCUUGGUGGGUGACUUUGAAUUGUUCAAAAAAGAUUGAAAGAUAAAAGCUUUUUGAUUGGUGUCGGUCUUGCAGUCCAAAAUUCUUCAACUUUGGGUGUAUUUGAUGGAUUGGAUUUCUCUUAGAGUUAGCAAAUUUUAUUGUUAAAGUAGGUUAUUUGUUGUUUAGGCGAUUGUAAUUUCUGUACAUAUAGAAACAUGGGUUGUAUGAGUUCCAAGUCUGCGGCUGUCGAAGAUAGUCGUGAGAAUCACAAAGAGAAGCUGAGGAGAAAAGGGUCGUUGGAUAAGCUUGUUCCACGAGCCGAUUCGUCAAGAAGAGAGGAUAGUGUUGGAUCAAAGGAUAAAUACGAUGGUGGUGAUGUGAAAGUGUUGUUGAUUGAUAAAAAAACCAGUGGUUCCAAUCGUUAUUGUUAUAAUGAUCGAGCUGAGAAGGAGAGGAUUAUUGAUAAGUUUGAGGUGAUUGAGACAAUUAAUAAGGUGGAGAACUGUGAGGUUGCAAAUACAAUUACUGUUGGUCAUCAUCAUCUUCAUCCUGGUUCGGGAAGGGUGUUGAAUAGUAUAAAAGGUGAACAGGUUGCAGCAGGGUGGCCUUCUUGGCUUGUUGCUGUGGCUAGUGAUGCUCUCAAGGGAUGGAUACCCCGACGGGCCAACACCUUCGAAAAGUUGGAUAAAAUUGGCCAAGGAACUUAUAGUAGUGUGUACAAGGCACGUGAUGUUGUUCAUAAUAAACUCGUGGCUUUGAAAAAAGUGCGGUUUGAUAAUCAUGACCCUGAGAGUGUGAAGUUUAUGGCAAGGGAGAUUAAUCUCUUACGAAGACUCAAUCAUCCAAAUGUUAUAAAAUUGGAAGGCUUGAUCACAUCCCAUACGUCAUGCAGCUUAUACCUUGUUUUCGAAUAUAUGGAACAUGAUCUUGUGGGACUUGCAUCUCUUCCUGGAAUCAAGUUUUCCGAGCCUCAGAUUAAGUGCUAUAUGCAUCAACUUCUAAGUGGACUCGAUCAUUGUCACAGCCUUGGUGUCCUUCAUCGUGACAUAAAGGGUUCAAAUCUUCUCAUUGACAGUAAUGGAAUCUUAAAGAUUGCAGAUUUCGGUUUAGCAUGCCAUUUUGAUCCUCACGAUAGUGUUCCAAUGACCAGUCGUGUGGUGACUCUCUGGUAUCGACCACCGGAACUUUUGUUUGGAGCUUCUCAUUAUGGGGUUGCAAUAGAUUUAUGGAGUGCUGGUUGCAUACUCGGAGAACUAUAUUCUGGCAAACCUAUUUUGCCCGGAAAAACAGAGGUUGAGCAACUACAUAAGAUUUUUAAGCUAUGUGGCUCACCAUCCGAGGAAUACUGGAGAAGAGCAAAGUUACCUCAUUCAACAGUGUUCAAGCCUCUUCAUCCAUAUAGACGAUGUGUUACUGAAACAUUUAAAGACUUGCCUUCUCCUGCUGUAAGUCUCAUGGACACCUUGCUUUCAAUCGAUCCUGUUCAUCGAAGAACUGCAGCUUUUGCUCUGAAGAGUGAGUUCUUUACAACACAACCUUUUGCAUGUGAUCCUUCAAGUUUACCCAAAUAUCCUCCUAGUAAGGAGAUUGAUGCUAAAUUGCGGGACGAAGAAGCUAGAAGGCAAAGAGCAGUUGGGAGCAGGGGUUCAAGGGUUGACAUGGAAAGGAGGGGGCAGAAGGAACCAAUUUCUAAUGCUGAACAGACCGCAUCAUCGCAGAGAAGACAACCUCAUCCUAAUUUGAAGAGCAGGAGUCAGAUGUUGAACUCUCGUAAUGCAGAUGGAUUUUCUGGUUUAUUAAUUAAUCCCCCUAAACAAACGCCUACUGCAAAGGAAAAUGGUAGAGAUUUCUUGGAGUACAAUAGGAAGAAAGUUUCACACUCAGGUCCAUUGGUUUAUGGUGCUGCAUUCGGGAAGUCUGGGAAGGAACCUGAUGAUCUUACUAGGCUCUCAUCCAGAGCUAACUUAUCCAAGUUAUCUGGUUUAGUAGCAACUAGAACUUUGGCUCCUGAAGAUCACAGAUCUGGACCUUUGACUUCAGAACCAGUGAACCAAGCAGGCAGGUCUCGAAGAUCAUUUCAUGAAUUAGAGUCUGCAGGAAAACUCGAUGUCAGACACCAUAUGCCGAAAACCACAGAAUCCCCACAGACAGCAGGUGGAAGAGCCUGCAUUAAGGAACCAAUGCAUGGUCGUGGUCCGAGGGGAAACAAGAUUUAUGUCUCGGGUCCAUUACUUGCUCCAUCCGAAAAUGUUGAUCAGUUGCUUAAAGAGCAUGACCGUAAGAUCCAAGAAUUUGCUCGAAGAGCAAGACUUGACAAGACAAAAGCUGGGAAACUACAAGCUCAAGCAAAGCAAGCGACAGAAAAUUCAUUGUUUGUCACUGCUCGCGGAGCUGAAUAGACAUCAUUUUAUGUUUUUUCGAUCUUUGUGGUAAAGCUGGGAAAAUCAGGUAAUCUAAAUACCAAGAGAUAAUUAGUUUACAGGAUUUACCAUGUAUAGUGAACAAGAAAAAGUAGAUGUUAUCUGUUAUAUAGAGUAUUUGAGCAAAAGCACUCAUUUAUCUUCUUUGAUUUGGUAAGCUAUAAAUAUGGCUUUUAUAGGAUACAAUUCUGUGGCUUUGUAGGUGAUUACUACUUGUUUUUUUAAUACAUCAAUAAUAGAAGGAUUACAAUUUUGAGACUGUU